CCACAGCGACCGGAAGGGGCGGGGCCGAGACCACAGUACGGCCGGCCCGGCGGAACCGCUUCUCCUUCCCCGGCGGUGGGGGGACCGCUCGCGGGGUCACCCCAAUGGCGGCGCUGGUGCGGGCAGUGGGCCGAGCCCUGCUGGGCCGGGCCGCGCCCCUGCUCCGGGCCGAGCGGAGCAUUAGCGGUGGCGGCGCGCGCUGGGGACCCGUGCGGCCCGGCCUCCCCGUGCCCCUCUCCUCGCCCCUGGCAGGGCUCACCCGGCCCCUCCGCAUCAAGGAGCCCCCGAAGCCCAAGCAGGUGGAUCGGUGGACGGAAAAACGGGCCUUGUUCGGGGUCUACGACAACGUGGGGAUCCUGGGUGACUUCCAGAUCCACCCAAAGAACCUCAUCGUGGGGCCCAAGUGGCUGCGAGGCUGGCGGGGGAACGAGCUGCAGAGGUGCAUCCGCAAGAAGCAGGUGGUGGGAGAUCGGAUGUUUAUAGAGGACUACCACAAACUCAACAAGAGGAUCCGGUACUUGUACAGGCGCUUCAAUCGUACCGGGAAGCACCGCUAGGAGCAACCAUGGGUUCAGCACGUGGAGCAUGGUUUUGUGGCAUCACAGUCAGAAUAAAGCCAGCUUUCACACA